CCAUCGCCGGACCCCAACCUUGACGACGCCGAUUGCAGCCAUGUCACACGCCAAUCUGCUCUCGCCGCCCUCGCAAAUACCGCCGCCCACUGCUCUGGCCCUCUCGCAGAAAGCGCCCCUCAUCCUAUCAUCGACUCCCACAUCAUCGCUACCCUGGCCGCUGUCACUGCUCUUCUCUCGGGAAACACCGGAGACAUGGACCAUCCACGAGAACCUGUUCCUCUCGACGCUGCGCACCGGUGACGAGAAGGCCGCCCUUGACAUUCUGCACCGGCUUGAGGCGCGCUUUGGCGACCACAACGAGCGCAUCAUCACGCUGCGCGGCAUUUACAAUGAGGCCACGUCCAAGACAGACGCCGACCUACAGAAGGUCUUUGAUGCAUACGAGAAGAUCCUCAAGGACGACCCCACCAACAUGAGCAUCCGCAAGCGACGGGUUGCCGUGCUCAAGGCGCUGGGCAGGACACAAGACGCCAUUACGGCAGUAGCGGCACUCUUGCACAACAGCCCCACGGACGCCGAGGCCUGGGCCGAAGCAAGUGAGCUGUAUGCCAGCACCAGUGCCUGGGGGCAGGCCAUCUUUUGUGCAGAAGAGGUACUGCUCAUCACGCCCAAUGCCUGGACUGCCCACGCCCACAUUGCAACACUCCACUAUCUCUCCACCGCCGCCAACAACCCACCCAACUUCUCCUCAUAUGCUCUAGCACUUAAGCAUUUCUGUCGCUCCGUCGAACUCAACGACUCGUACCUGCGCGGCUACUACGGCCUCAAGCUCCUCACCUCCAAGCUCAACAACACCCUCCUCUCCGACCCCGCCACAUCAUCAUCAGCAACCACCCGCCGCGAAGACUCUGACGACGUGUCCCUACCCAGCCCCGAAAUCAUCCGCAAGCUUGAGGAAAUCGCAACAAACAAGCUGGCCGAAAUGAUUCGGAAUUACAAAUCCGGUAAAAAGGGCUGGCAAGGGUUUGAGGAGGCCGAGAUCAUUGCUGCCCGGGAACUGUUGGAUCGAGAUGGUUAGAUUCAACCCCGGUGGUGUCAAGGCAAAGCAGUGAAAGGAAAAAAAAGGAAGAAAGAAGGUGAGGAAGAACGAAGGAAGGCGCACCAUUGAUCAUGACAUGAUUAUGUAAAAGAUAUGAUCACGAAUCAAGGCGUUUCUACGCGGCCGCGGCGGCGUCUUGAUUAUUAUUCUUUAUUUUUUUUAUUGUUGUUCUCUCUUGUUGAAUUGUAGAUCCCCCGGAUUCUACUUUUCCACACCCCCAUCUGUGUGUGUGUCUUCUCAAUGAAGAGAUGGGGUUAGAUGAGACAUGAGCGAGUACAGCAGCGGAGACAUUAGAGGAGAGAAAGAGAAUAGUGAACUAGAUAUCCCCCCUUUUUUUCUCCUUCUUCUCUAUCCACUACACCAUCUCCCUCUUUUUUUUCUCUAUAGUUAAUGUCACAUACAUAUGCU